UAUGUUGCACUUGGAUCACCGGCUCUUACCGGAUGGACUGCAAAUGGUGGAGACCCCUGCGGUGAGGGUUGGCAGGGUGUUGUAUGUAUCGGCUCAAAUAUUGAUGCAAUAAAUUAUGUUGCUGCAACUAUGGAAGGACAGCUGGGAAGCCUAGGGAACUUCACCUCGAUUACCACAAUAAAUCUUAGCAACAACAAAAUCAGUGGAACUAUACCGGAUGAUCUACCAGUUACACUGCGGAAUCUUUUUCUCUCUGAUAACCAACUCACUGGAAGCAUCCCAAUGUCGCUAUCCAACCUAAAGAGUUUAACAGCCAUGUCACUCAAUGACAAUCAUCUCGAUGGACAACUACCAGAUGCUUUUAGUUCCCUUGCUGGACUUAUAAACCUGGAUAUUUCAUCCAACAACUUCAGUGGUCCAUUACCAACUUCAUUGGGAAACCUGUCAUCACUAGUUACUCUGCGCAUGCAAGAUAAUCAACUAUCUGGUACCCUUGAUGUCUUGCAGGGUCUCCCCCUCGGUGAUUUAAAUAUAGAGAACAAUUUAUUUUCUGGACCGAUUCCUCCAAAGUUGCUCAACAUACCAAAUUUGAAAAAGGAUGGGAACCCAUUUAAUACCAGCAUCGCUCCUUCUGCGUCACCCUCUUUAACACCCAAUGGCUCUUCACCGACAUUCCCUUCAGGAACUCCUUCAUUCCCUUCAGGAACUCCUUCAUCGUCUAAUGCUUCCUCGGGUUCUUCUGGUGGAUCCACAGCUCGAGACAGCAGAUCUUCAUCCUCCGGGAAACACAAGUCUUCAACUCUCAGGAUCGUUGGAUAUGUUCUUCUUGCUAUCGUGCUGUUCAUAAUUGUUGUGCUGCUCGUAAUAUUUUGCCUGUCGAAGUACCAAGAGAGACAGUCAAGACGUGAUUAUACAACAAGUCAGGUGGGGAGGGUGCAACAAAGGGUUGAAGAGCCUAAAGUCAAGCAAGCUUCAGCACAGUCAAGGGACGCUGUUAAAAAAGGCUCAGCUGAGGUUCCUGACAGGAAGCCUGUUCGUGAAAUAAAUCUGACCAUACCAGUGCUGGCAGCUGCUCGUGAGAAGCCUCCUGAAAAGAGAGAAGAUCAUGUAAUUAACUUGGAGCGAACGGAAUCGGAUAUUUUUGCUGCGGCGCCUCCGCCACCGCCACCACCACCACCACUACCACCACCACCACCAGCACCAACACCACCACCACGACCACCACCCCCACUUUCCUCUCCACCGCCACCGCCACUUUCCUCACCACCACUUCCUCCUGUUACAAAAGUAAUUGCAAAUCCUAUCUUUAGGCCAGAAAAAAGAGCCAGCACUCCACCAAGGACAGGUCCCUCGACAUCUGCAACAUCCUUUUCUGUUGCAACACUUCAGCAAUAUACAAAUAGCUUUGGAGAGGAAAGUUUGAUAAGAGAGAGUAGGUUGGGAAAAGUAUAUCUUGCAGAAUUUCCUGAAGGCAAAUUAUUGGAAGUUAUGAAGAUAGACAAUGCCAAUGGAAGAAUACCAGUAGAUGACUUUUUAGAGCUGGUUGCGUGUAUAUCAGAUAUUAGACACCCUAGCAUCCUUGAGCUUGUUGGAUACUGUGCAGAAUAUGGACAGCGGUUACUUGUUUAUAACCACUUCAGUAGAAAAACACUACAUGAUGUAUUGCAUGAAGGAGAGGAUCUGGAUAGUGCACUCUCUUGGAAUGCCCGUCUCCAGGUCGCUCUUGGUACAUCAAAAGCCUUAGAGUAUCUCCAUGACACAUGUGAGCCUCCAGUGGUGCAUCAGAAUUUUGAACCAGCCAAUGUGCUUCUUGGUAAUGGAUUCUCAGUACGUGUUGCUGAAUGUGGACUGUCAGUAUUGAUGUUGUCAAGCUCUGUUACACAGUUGUCUGGUCGCAUGCGGGCAUUACUAAAUUACGAGGCACCUGAAAUCCAAGAAUCUGGGACUUUUACCGACCGAAGUGAUGUUUACAGUUUUGGUGUGGUAAUGCUAGAGCUUCUGACUGGUCGUAAACCAUAUGACAGCUCUCGCCCUCGUCAUGAACAACAUCUUGUUAGAUGGGCUGUUCAUCAGCUUCAUGACAUUGAUUCCCUGACAAAGAUGGUUGACCCUUCUAUUCGUGGAGAGUGUUCUGAGAAAGUAUUAUCACGUUUUGCCGACAUCAUCAGCCGUUGUGUUCGGCCGGAGCCAGAGUUCAGGCCACCAAUGUCUGAAGUAGUCCAAGACAUAGCAAGCAUUUUAAGCACUACUGGUGAGGAAUCAGAGUGAAAAACAAUCCGAGGAGGAUGUCAUAUAUAUCGAAUCUUGGCGGCAGCGUAGCCAUUCAAGUAUUCUGAUGAAACAUCUACCACAUUCUGGGAAAAUCCUGUCAAUAUUUCUAAUGGAGGAAGCAUCUACCACAUUCUGGGGAAAUCCUGUCAAUAUUUCUGGACCCCACAGUCCACCAAUGUACAUGUUGAUUCAGAGCCUCCUUUACUUCCAGAAAGGAGGAAGUGGUGCAGCCCCAUUUUGGGAGGAAGGCAUGGGGCUUCUCAUUGCUGCCGGGUAGAUCCCUGUAUUCUAGCCAUGAUUAUAUCACAUGUAUCUCCUGCAACCACCUAUAGUAUUUGCUAGUUUAUUACAUAUAUACAUUGAAGUUAGUGAUGUUGGCAUGUUUC